AUGAAGCUCGAACUAUCAUCUCUCGCUUUAAUCCUGUCUCUUGCCAACGCUUUUGUCAUUCCACAACAGGGAACCAAGGCACCAACAACAACAACAACAACUGCCCUCAAUGAUAAAGUCAACAGCAUGUGGGCGUUUGACGUUUACGGACGAGACGACGGAGAACUUCCUUCGUUGGAAAUCAUGUACGCAGAAGGUGACCCGUGGUACUUUAAUGCUCGAAGCGGAUUAAGCCAAAGCGAUUUCUACCCAACGAGCCACGCAGGAAACAGGCUACAGACAUCAACAUCCACUAGCGCCGUGCCACCUCCACAAGCUCCUGUUGCUGCUGCUGAUCCACCAGCGGAGACAGCGGCGCAACAGCAAGCGCCACCUUUGCCGGCUGGGGAAGAAUCAGCACCAGUUCCAGAAAUGGAAAUGCCAAAGGUUGAGUCGUCGCAAGCCAACGUAUGA